AUGUUUGCAUCAGCAAUCCGUUUCGGCUCGCGUACAACCUACCGCGGAUCGCGUGGUUCCGGAGCAGGAGCUUCCACCCGCACUUCCGCCUUCUCCUCACCAAAAUCCCGCAACGCUGCCUCAACAUCCCUCCAAACUGGAACGAUCUUCAAAAGAUCCCAACGAGGACUUUACGACGGUCGCAUGAUCCAAUCCGGUCACAACGUCCCCAAUUCUCGUCAAAAGACCGCUAGAACUUGGCAACCCAACAUUCAACGCAAACGACUUUGGUCAGAGACGUUAAAGACUUUUGUUAAAGCAAGGGUAUCGACAAGUGCGUUGAGAACUAUGGAUAAGUUGGGCGGUUUGGAUAAAUAUUUGGCCAAUACAAGGGGUGAGAAGCUGGGUGAGUGGGGGAGGGGCUUGAGAGAUGUAUUGGCGCUAAAGUUGCGCGAGAAUAGCCUGCAGCAGAAUUCGAGAAGGAAUGAUGGUCAGGUGUGA